CGGCAGCAUUUUACGGCAGUUCACCCUUCUGACAUGGGGUCCUCAUGGUCCGUGAGCUCCGAGCGUCGCGCUGCUCCUUCUGCAGCUCCUUCCGCAAACCAACCUGCGAAAACGGCCGAGGACCCCCUGUUUAAAAACUGCCUGAGCUGUCGUGUGCUUUCAGGGUCUGCGCUCUUUGGGGCGGGCGCCUAUGUCUACUUGGUGGCCAGGAGGCCCUUGAAGCAGGGAAUUCCACCUGGCCCAGGAACUAUAGCGCAGAUGGUCGUCGGCAUCAGUAUUGCCUGUUGGGGAGUAGUUGUCCUGACAGACCCCAAAGGGAAAGCCUACCGAGUUGUUUGAAAGCUCAAUAUUGUCUUCUAUUCAUGACUGCGCAGCAGACAGAACAAGCUUUGGGAUGGUGGAUAAUCUUUGUACACUGGGACAAGGAUGCACUUCACUAUACGACAUACGAAGACAACUGUGAAAACAUGAGAUGUCAUCCUUUGGCUAUGGAUGUUUAUGGUUUUACUCCCAUAGAUUAUAAAGGGACAAAUAAAUCCCUUGGAAGCAGACAUUGUUCUUUGUCUUGUCCACGGAGGUUAUUUGUAGUUCAAUUUGUAUUGAAAGAUAACAGCUUUGAGAAAAUAUUAAAAUGGAGUAAAUGAUAAGCCAAUAGUGAAAUAAGCUAUUUUAUUAUAAUAAGUAAUUAUUUUUGUUUUUCUCAUUGUAUCAACAGCUAUUGCUAACCUAUCAUUGGAUAGGUACAUGAAAAGAGAUUGCUCCUCUGAUGUUCAGAAUGGUUAUUGAGUAAAUGUUGUCUUUACUUCAAAGUUUCCAGCUUCAUUAAACCGUAAUGAGAAUCAGUCUGUA